CGGCAACAACAGACCUACAGCCAGAACCACAUUAUGAGUUUGGACUCUGGCUUAUAACCGAUUAACCGCCACACCUUUACUCAUGGGAAGGACACCGGGACAUAUAAUGAAUGUGUUUGAGCUCUCUAGGAACUGUAUGGUCUGUUAAACCCGGAGAACGUCGUGACUCCCAAAGCAGCCCACAGACGCACCGGAGCGUUUUGAACAACCAGGACAAAAACCCAGGAGGAGAGCAGGCUACAGUCUGAACUCUCGUUCUGAGGAACGUAUUACCUUGACGAGACUAUUUUCCCUAUAAACAAAAGACGUUGAAUAGACAGAACAUAGUGAAUCUUUUACGUUGCAGCCGGCCACUACUGUAUGUGAUUUUACUGGGGAUAAUACAAUGAGACUUUCUGGGAAGGAGUUGGUAUGGAUGAUUAAACUACUACUGCUGUGUCUGAGCUGCUCAGGAGGAGGGAUAGCUGAUUAUACAUUUGACAACAGGUGGGCGGGCCAGGAGCUGUUGUCCAAUGGGCUGUGUCAGUACGGGACCAGGGUGGAGUGCUGCUGGGGCUGGAGAAGGGCUUCCUGGGGGCACUGCCAACCUCUGUGCCAACAGGAGUGUAAACAUGGUGAGUGUGUCGGUCCGGAUAAAUGCACGUGCCAUCCAGGAUACACUGGCAAAACCUGCAAUCAAGAUCUGAAUGAAUGUGGGCUAAAGCCCAGACCAUGUAAACAUCGCUGUAUGAACACACAGGGCAGCUACAAGUGUUACUGUCUGAAUGGAUACAUGCUGCAACCUGAUGGAACCUGCAGGAAUGCCCGUACCUGUGUCAGGGCCAACUGUCAGUACGGCUGUGAGGUUACCAAAGGGGUGGUGAGGUGCCAGUGUCCGUCUCCAGGGUUACGGCUGGGGCCAGACAGACGCACCUGUGUGGAUGUUGAUGAGUGUGUGGCGGGUCGAGGGGUGUGUCCUCGGAACAGGAAGUGUCAGAACACCUUCGGCAGCUAUGUGUGUAAAUGUUACCAUGGUUACAAACUCACCUACAUCAACGGCAGAUACCACUGUAUAGAUAAGGAUUCUCGUUCCUUCUGCUCCCUCAACCCUAACUCUCCCAAGUGCCUCUGUAGAGAUGGGAAGGGAACGGACUGCUACCCUGUUGCCAAGGUCACCAUUGUUCCUCCUCAACCUAAAACCACACCCAGAUCAACAAUGAGACCUACACCUACAAUGAGACCUACACCUAAACAAGCAACCAGACAUACAACCAGACAGACAACUACAGUCAGACCUACUACUUCUGCUACGAUAGUGACUACAAACACAGCAACCACUGCCAUGGCAAUAACUACCAGGGGACCUACCACCACGACAACCAUCGUUACGACAACCACCGUCCCAACAACCGUUCCCAUGACAACAACCUCUACUCAGCCAUUGACAACCACUACAACCCCUACUCCAACUACCCUCUCCCCUACCACCCCCAGCCCUCCUCCCUCUACCCCCUCCCCUACCACCCCCAGCCCUCCUCCCUCUACCCCCUCCCCUACCACCCCCAGCCCUCCUCCCUCUACCCUCUCCCCUACCACCCCCAGCCCUCCCUCCUCCCUCGGCCCCCUCCCCUACCACCCCCAGCCCUCCUCCCACCACCCCCUGGACAACCACAUUCAGAAGGUUGUUACCCAGAGACAAAGAGGAGAUGUUCACAUCCCCCGUCUUCCAGGAAGUGGAAACAGAGGGUUUGACUACGACAUUGAGCUGGGAAACACUACAGAGGACAACAGAGAUGAUCCAGGGGCCGGUGCUCUGAGCUGUUCAUUUGACCACGGUCUGUGUGGCUGGAUCAGAAACCGAGAUGGAGACCUGCACUGGGAGACAGCCAGCAGCCCUGCCGGUGGGCGGUACAUGUCUGUUCCAGAGGUAGGGGUGGGGAAAAGGAGCAUUCAAGGCGCACGAUUGGUCCUCCCCUUAGCCCCGCCCUGGAGCGAGGGUCACUUGUGCUUCUCCUUCCGUCAUUGGCUAUCGGGUCACCAUGUGGGUGUGCUUCAGCUGUUCGUCAGGAGGAAGGGUUUGAGAUAUAGCCCCGCCCUCUGGAGCCGGACGGGAGGAGAAGGGUGGAGACAUACACAGAUCACACUGUGGAGAGCAGGCCUGGAGAGUGUCCUUCUGAAAGGAGAGAGGAGGCGUGACCACAAAGGACAGAUGGGAUUGGACGACGUUAGCCUGAGGAGAGGGGCCUGCGGAGAAGAGAGACUCUAACACACACACAGACUCUAACACUGUGUUGUGAUAGGUCCUUCUGAAAGGAGAGAGGAGGCGUGACCACAAAGGACAGAUGGGAUUGGACGACGUUAGCCUGAGGAGAGGAGAGACAUUUUGUAACGUCAAGGCCAGAGGAACUCUUAGAUCAAAUAUAUUGAUAACUGACCAAAUAUAUUGAUUUUGUCCACUAGGUAAUUAUUGAUAAAGCAUGAUAAUGAUUUGGCUGUAUCAGCUGACUUUAUUAGUAAAGACAAAGAGGUUGGUCAAAACGCAUUUUGGAUAUCUUUGAUGUAUUAUUCUAUUAACAAAUACAGUCUGGGUCUGAGGUACAGUAUGUUACUACCACAGAGCCCAUUCUGAGGUACGUUACUACCACAGAGCCCAUUCUGAGGUACGUUACUACCACAGAGCCCAUUCUGAGGUACGUUACUACCACAGAGCCCAUUCUAAGGUACGUUACUACCACAGAGCCCAUUCUGAGGUACGUUACUACCACAGAGCCCAUUCUGAGGUACGUUACUACCACAGAGCCCAUUCUGAGGUACGUUACUACCACAGAGCCCAUUCUGAGGUACGUUACUACCACAGAGCCCAUUCUGAGGUACGUUACUACCACAGAGCCCAUUCUGAGGUACGUUAGUACCACAGAGCCCAUUCUGAGGUACGUUAGUACCACAGAGCCCAUUCUGAGGUACGUUAGUACCACAGAGCCCAUUCUGAGGUACGUUAGUACCACAGAGCCCAUUCUGAGGUAUGUUAGUACCACAGAGCCCAUUCUGAGGUACGUUAGUACCACAGAGCCCAUUCUGAGGUACGUUACUACCACAGAGCCCAUUCUGAGGUACGUUAGUACCACAGAGGCCAUUUUAAUUGAUGACGGCCUCUCUUUUAAAUUUCAUGGGAUUUUAUUUUAGGAAUAAGGCCUGUUUUUCUUUUGAAGCCAGAAGGAGGCUAGUAUCAGCUACAUUUAUGCCUUUACUAGACUAUGGGGAUGUUUUAUAUAUGAAUGCUUCCGCUCAGUGUUUGAGAUCAAUUGACACCCUUUACCAUGGUACUUUGAGAUUUAUUUUAAACUGCAAAAGCCUUACGCACCACUGCACUUUGUAUAACAGGGUUGGCUGGCCUUCUCUUGUCACUCAUAGGCUCAGGCACUGGUAUACUUUUAUUUACAAAGCCAUUUUGGAUUUACUACCUUUUUAUUUGGGCAUCUUUAUUGUUCAGAAAUGUGGUGGGUACUCUCUUCGUUCGCUGGACUUUAUCCUGCUAACUGUUCCAAAUGUCCAAACUGAAUUUGGUAAAAGGGCUUUUAUGUACUUCUGUGCCAUCAUCUUGGAACGCCUUACAAAAUACUUUUAAACUGGAAGAACUUGUCCCGAUUGGUGUUUUUAAAUCACUGAUGAAUGAUCUUGAGACCGAUUCCCUGACCUGUCAAUGUUUUUAAUUUGCUGUUUUAUACUCUUGUGAAUUCUAUGGUUUUAACCAGAUUACUUGUAGUUUUUCAUGUUGUUUGUCUGUAUUUUUUGUAAUGACUUGGGAGCUGCCUAUCUUGGCCAGGACGCUCUAGAAAAAGAGAUUUUAAAUCUCAAUGAGCCCUUCCUGGUCAAAUAAAGGUUAAAUAAAUAAAUCAAAUUCUGAGGUAUGUUAGUACCACAGAGCCCAUUCUGAACCGUGUGUAUCCAAUACGAACAACUAACUAUUAAAUUAUUAAAGAUUC